AUGAACAAUAAGGGAAAUUACGAGAAAUUUAAGAGAUCCUUGAAAGAAGUAAUUGAUUCAUUUGAGAGAGCAAAAGAAUGGGCUGACUUAAGUAAUUGCCUUCAAAAGGUGAAGAAGCAAUUCGAUCAGAAUUAAAACACAGAGAUACCCAUGAAAAAGGAUCUUGCUAAAAGAUUAGCUCAGUGCUUAAACCCCGAUCUAGCUGUGAUCCAUUAACUAACUUUAGAGGUUUAUGGAAUGAUCUUCUAAAGAUAGAUUGAGUUACUGAAGCAAAAAGCGAAUGAAGGACCCAACAAGCAAGAUUUGGAGUGGGGUUCAGACUUAGGACUCUUCUACUCUGGUCUAUUCAACUUCUUCCAGUUUGCCGCCUUCGAAGUCAAGGAUCCAUUCCUUCAAAUUAUUGAGACUUACAUCCUUCAGUUAGACAAAGAGCUGCUUUUAUCCCUUCCUGGUUUUAUGAUAUGCAUGCUGCCAGCUUUGGAAGACUAAAAUGCUUAGAUACUAAAGAGAGUUGAGAACAUCCUAGCCAAAACUGAAGAAGCUGUAGGCACCAGUGAGUUCUACGGAGAAAUUUGGAAGGCCAUGCUCAGAACUCAGAGGACCAGAGUAUCUGCUAUCAAGUACCUCGACAAGAGAAUCCCCAAGGAUCUCGAGCAAGCAAGACUUAUGGCCAAGCAGCAGCUUAUCUACCCAUCAAAGUACACAGUCAAGGUCAUUGACCAGAAAGUAACCCUAGUCAGAGAUGAUGCACAGAGACUCAGUGAUGAAAGCAAAAGACUGGAGAGAAUGACUCUUGAAGACUACUUCUACUUCUAUUAUCCAGUCAAGGAAAAGCUUUGCAUCAACUCACUCCUAGCUGGCUUAGCUGAUCAAUCAGUCUAUGUCAACAGAGGUGUCCUAGAUUUCCUGAUUUCUCAUGCUCCAAUCACAGGAAACAUUAAUACUCUAUCAGAAAAUGUAAGAUUAGUCGAGGGAGCCUUGAUGACUCUAACCAAGAAAGACUUUGCUUUUCUAAAGAAGUUUUUCACUUGGACUCUAUCCCACUUAGAAGAUGAAGAGUCAAAACCAUCAGAAGAUGAUCCAGCAAUAAGAACUCUUGUUCCAGCACUUUAGUGUAUGUUCCUAAAGUUUACUGAUGCUAAAAGCGUCAGUUUAUCACAUAUGUAACAGCAUUCCUCAGGCUAAGGUGGCUAGAACAGCAACUAACUCAAUCAUAACUAGCCCAUUCUGAUUCUUCAGACUCUUCUCAAUGAUAAUGUAAUGAUUGUAGAACCCAUUCUUGUUAAGAUUUCAGUCGAUUUAAUCAAAUUCAUUAAGCUUUACUACUCCGAAAACUAAAACAAAACAGCAACUAAACAGCUAGACAGAUUCAUAGAUAACGUCAACAAUCUGUUUGAUAUGGUUAAUAAUCAACUUCAUAGUAUUUGGAUGGCUCUCGGUCAACUCUUGUCUGAAUAGAUAAGAUCAAUAUCUGUUGAAUAUGCCUAAGAUGCCUACCUGCUAGAGGCUAUUGAGCUUAUCGACUUCUGUCUAAGAGACUUAAAACUUGGAUUCGAAAGACAAGUAGAAAACUUUAGUGAGCAGUUGAGACCUAUCUUGAGCAGACUUCUUUCUGGAGUAAGCAAACUAAGUAACUACAUGAAUAACUUGGAGAAUGCCAUCCCAGGUCUUGAGCUAAUUGAGUCCAUUUUGAUUAUGCUUGACAACAAACCAGUUACAAGAGAGGACACUGAAAAUUUGAAGACCAGUGUGGACAACUUCAACGAGUUCUAUGUAAACCUGUGCAAAGUAAUGACCAACUUUGACGAGCCAGACUACCAGGAUAUGUUCAAACUGAGAUUCGACACAUUUAAGAAGAGCAGUUAGAUUCUGAAUCAGAUUCAAAAGUAUUCCUAUACAUUUGACUUGAAUAACAUGCCAGCAUGGCUUACAAUGGUCAUUCACUGUUCUAAGGCAAAGAGAGCUAAGAUAGUGCUAGUGUCAAUUGAGACAUUCCUCAAUAUUCUCUCUAAGUAAGCAUCAGGUCCAGAUGAUCAAAUAAAGAAGCUUCAAAAUAUCAUAGUCAGAUUUGAACCUGGUCUUAAGGUAGACGAUUCCAGAAGUAUUUAUCAGACUCUUUAGGAAUCAAAUAACCCCUACUGCACAGAUAUUAUCAAGACACUUUGGUCACUUUUAGAUGAGGAGGAAGAUCACUAAAAGAUUGUCCAGCUACUUAAGAAGUUCGACGGCCUUCUACCUAGGCUUUUCUCAGAGGUAGUCAUUGAGGAACUAAACUCCAAAGACCGUGAAAUAAAAGUCAGGGCCAUUAAGAAAUUCACAAUCUUCUGGAAGCUUACUGCCACCGAUUACCCACAGUACAAGCCCUUCUAUGAUAAGAAUACAGAUCUAAGAAAGCAAGUAGCUUUGCACAAUAUGCUGCACAUAUUAGAAGAUAAUGACCCUACUCUUCGUCUAUCUUGUAAGAGUUGGUUAUCGGAGAGCAAGAAGUACUACAGAAGAAUUUUAGAUCCUUUAAUAGAAGAAUUCCUGCAAAACUCCAAGAUCUUCAUAACAUACUCAGGUCAGAUAUUCUUCUACAAGGACUACGAAGCUAACAUUGUAAUCGAGAACUUCGGUAAGUUGAGAAAUAUCAUAUUGAAUACUCAGGAGGAGAUGAUUUACUAUAUCACAACUAGACAGUAUACUGACUAUAUUGGCAAAGAGUUCCUAGAGAUGUUCUCCUGGAUGCGCCCAAGAAGACCCAACCUAAAGUGCUAGAGGCUUUAUCUUCAAGUCAUUGUCUACAUCACACUGCAGUUCAUUAUGGCUUAAGCAGUCGAGUCAGUGAAUGAGAAACCUUACUUGUAUCAGGAAAGCUAGACUGUAAAUGCCUCAGCUUGUGAGUUCAUGGAACUAAUUCUAAAGAGCUUAGAGUAAAAUAAGGAAAUGUCAAAUGAGAUCGCUCACAUAAUCAUUGACCCAAUUAUCAGAACAUUCAGACAAGUUAUUGACAACCAAAAUCAUGCUAUGCAGGUACAUUUGCUAAAUUUGUUGAAGGUCAUAUUCUUCCAAUGCAACUUUGACUCACCAGAAUCUCAAAAGGACUAAUUUACGCAGACAGAGUGCAGCAGAAUUUUCAGUGAUGCCUCAUUCAUAGACUCAAUAGUAAAAGGCAUGAAAAACGAGGUGUCCUUCGUAAGAUACCAUUUCAUUCAGUUUGCAACGACAAUAGUGCCCUUCAUGUUGAAGCUUAUCAACCCAUAGGUGUUUAACUCCCACAUUAAGAAAUUCGUAGACUGCUUCUGCGGUCUCCUUAGGAACGUAGAUCCCUCACUCUUCAUCACUCAGCAGUAAUUCCUUGGCACAGCUGCUCUUGGCAUUGGUGGGUAUGCUGGUGAUAACGUAGAUAAGGCUAUAAGACUCACAAGCACAAACAUGAGACUUAAGACCUCAGUUGCUGUCAAGCAAUAGACUUUGAUUAAUCACAACAUUCAAGGAGGUGCUGCUAAACCGAAAGACUAGCUAGUUAUCAACUAAGAAAGUGAUAUCUCAUAGAUUAUUCAAGGCCUUGAAUAGAUCGUCUAUUACUGUUUGGGAAUUGUUAGAGAUUUAUAAGCAAAGCCCCAAGCUUCAUCUUAGACAAGUGGAAUUCUAAUGGAUGACAGAGACAAUUCAGAAAACUAAAAGGAGAAAGAACUUACCUUUGGUGAGAGACUCUUAGGGUACUUCGGCACUGGUCCCUUCAAGAAAGGUGCUGAGUUCACUGUUACAAAUGAAAAUACUGCAAUUAGAGAGCCUAUCUACAAGGAAUUCCAGAACAUCAUUGUCAGUUGCCUCUACUGCUGGAAUAAUCUGCCCAUCUUCACAGCGAAGGAUUACCUAUUCUCAAGGUCUGGUAUCUUCCCCUACAAUAUGGAGGACGAGAAACUGCUUUCCUCAUCUAUUGAGAAAUCUGAGUAAAAAGAAACUCUUCAGAACUAUAUCAACUCGAAAGCUAAUCUGAUUCACAAAUUCGUCAUAGACUUCCUGAGACCCCUAGCAUAGACUUCUUCACCCUACUUCAUUGAAGGUAUUUUGUUUGUUUGGAUGGAUAAGAAGAACCUGACUGGAAUGAACUUAAAUUAGAGUCUCGAGAAGAUGAUGCAAAUACUAAUCUCAGUGAGACUAAGCACUCAUGUUGUGAUAGAAGCUAUUAAUCUUUUCGUCCAAAAGAAUGAUCUAGCAACAAAGAAGCCCUCUUCUAAAAAGAUAGUCAAGCUUUAAAAGAUUGAUAGUCAGAGAGAGUCUAUGAUAUGCUAAUUCCUGUAUACCUACUUACUUUACAACAUAAACCAGCAAUUCAAAGAUGAGCAAAACCAGCUAGCUAAGAUCUAUGCAGCAGUCUUUAAAUUUAUCAAGCAGUUCCAGCAGACCAAGCACCCUCUUACUAUUUGCUGGCUUCUAGAAAUUCUUCACAUCCUAAGUAACAAGUUCACAGCGAGUGACGCCUACAAACAAGAAACCAAGUUAAAGAGAGACUUCCAAGAGAUGCUUACUCUUCUACUUACUAGCACUGCAUCUAUACUCUCAGACACUUUCAAGAUUGAAUUCGAACAGUCUUAUGGCUUCAAGAUAGUGUUCUCUCCCACAGUCUAUGAAUUGCUCAGAAGGUUUAGUUUUGUGCUGGAGCAGAAUAACGUGAACGUGAACUCAUCAAUGGCUGUUAGGAAUGAAUACAAAAAGAAAUUCGCCAAUCCGAACUAUCACCCUGAUUCUGACGAUGAGGAAUAAGAGGAAACUAAAGGAGAUGCAGGGCUGAGACAAUUUGGAUUUAACAACAAGGUUAGGAUGACAAUAGGUUCAAAUCAGAAUCCAGUGAACGUAGAUCAUUUAUUUGACCCAGACUAUUAGAACCACAACUACUACUAUGACGAGAGAGACAACAUCUCCUAGCUUAUGAUAGAUCUGUCUUAGUACAUAAACAAGGGUGAAAGUGACUGUCCUUCUUUCCUGCUUUUACACUACUACAAGUUCUUUACCAUCAUCACUCUUAAAUCUAUCCUCUACCAUAUGGUGCAAAGCAUCUGCUUACACUCUAAUCACGACAAAAUCACAGCUGCACUUUCAAUAGUUGUCAAUGUGGUACUCCAGAUCCUGAGUAACAAGACUGACAAGGAUAAGUUAGACAAGCAACAAGUAGUCAUUAGAGAAGCAAUCACAGAUUUCUUUGCUACAAUCAUGGAUAGAGCGAAUUAGCUGCUAGUCAAGCCGUACAAGAGAGAAAUAUCUGAGCUGUUCUAUUCAGAUAAUUUCUUCUAGAUGUCCAGGAGAACUCUCAGAAAGUGGUGCAAGAUCAUCAAUCACUUUAUCUUAGACUAGAAAGAUCAGGUCUUCGAAGACUUAGUAUAUAAGUGGAAUACACAGGCGGGGCUGCUUACGAGUAAAGAUUUCGAAAUAAAACAGAAGUGCAUUGCUCUUAAGAGAGUCGCGUUCCUUGUCUUCUCAGGUGACCAAGACUAAUAUGAUGACAAACUAGAUUUGCUACUUAAAAAGAUGACAGAGGGAUUCAAGACAAACAAGAAAUACAGCGAACUUAGAAUCCAACUUUUCUUGCUAACCAGAGUCUUGCUACUCAGACUGCACUCAAACUCAUUAGCAGAUGCUCUAAGAAAACUCUGGCCUCAUUUACUGAAUGAGCUAGUCAGCAUUUUCGAAGAUGCUCAAUCAGACUGUGCUUUGACAUUUGAAGCUAUAAAGACAAUCGAGCUGAUGUCUUCUUUGAAUAUUGAGGAUUUCUAGAUGAACCAGUGGAUAUUCUUGGUGGACUCUUAUGGAAUGGCAUUUGACGAUUCAAGAUCAUUGGUUGAUGAAUAUAGACAUAGACAUGAUAGUGCUUAGAUUAGCAAGAAGGCAGGGGACUACGAGGUGAUUGAGAGAUCAGAGGGCAUUUUCUAGCCAUUCAUAGUCAAAUUCAUGCAAAACAGAAAGACAAGUUUCUACAACUAGAUAAACAACGACAAAGUCACUGUUGAAGACCUGCUCAAUGGCAAGAAGAACCAGAUUGAGAUGAGAAAGACAAGCAUCAACAUUUCACCUGAGAACUACUCAGAUGAUGCCCUAGAGACUUAUGCGAUUGGUCUUCAAUAUAGACUAAAUGAAUUUAACAUGGAAAGAACAGAAAUUGAUAGACCAAACUUUGAAGCCUUAAUUGAAAAAGAUUUCAUUCAAAACGACCAGAAAUGA